UUGUUGAAUAAAAACGACUUUGAGGUGUAGCAACCUGGAUUCCUUUUUAGGCACCUUGUUAUUUUUUGAAUUGGCUGAAUAGUCCUAACAAUAGAUUUCUUUAUUACCAAUCAAGUUUUUUUAUUUGUUUAGAAUUCGGUUCUAUGCGUCUAAUUUAGGUUUGGGUUUCGACCAUUGUUUGUUUACAUCUGACCAUGUUUUUGUAAAUAUAUAAAGGAUAUGUGCCAUGAAACGGCUUAGCAUUAACGCAUACUUAUUCAUUCACUUAGCUGUAUUCUAUAUACUUAUCAAGACGAAAGCAGUAUUUUAACUAUGGUUCUUGGUCGUCAUUUAUUUUAUGCUCUUCUGCUUUUAGGAUCUGGAGCCCUUGAGUCUUUUGCUAAAACUAAUCCUAUUAUUACUAAAGGAAAUGCGUUUUUUGAUUCGGUAACUGGUGAGAGAUUCUAUCUUCGUGGUGUCGACUAUCAGCCUGGUGGCUCUUCUUCAUUAAUAGAUCCCUUGGCUUCAAGUGCUUGUCACAAGGAUGUUGAGAUUUUCAAGAAAAUGGGAGUUAACACCGUUCGUGUUUAUCAGGUAGACAAUGCAGCUGAUCACGAUGAUUGCAUGAAGGCUUUCGAGGACGCUGGAAUUUAUGUCAUCCUUGAUCUCAAUACUUUUCGUCAUUCUAUUUCGCGAUCCGAUCCUGCAAUUUCUUAUAACAAGGUAUAUUUGCAGCACAUUUUCUCUACUGUUGAUGCUUUCAAGGACUACGAUAAUGUACUAGGCUUCUUCUCCGGUAACGAAGUCGUAAACGAUCACGAAACGACAGCAAUUACCUGGGUUAAAGCUACAACAAGAGAUGUUAAGGCUUAUAUUAAGAAACAUGCUAGUAGACAAAUACCGGUGGGAUACUCUGCAGCAGAUAUUGCCGAAAAUAGACUUGAAUUGGCUCAUUACUUUAACUGUGGAGAUGAAAGUGAGCGUGCUGAUUUUUAUGCAUUUAACAUGUAUGAAUGGUGCGGUCACUCUAGCAUGAGCGUUUCGGGAUACUUCGACCGCCUUAGGGAAUUUAGUGACUAUUCCAUUCCUCUAUUUUUGUCCGAGUUUGGUUGUAACACUGUUGAGAUUCUUGAAGAUCAAACUCCAGAUCGUCCAUUUACGGAAAUUGAGGCUAUCUAUUCUCCUGAGAUGACUGAAUCAUUUUCCGGAGGACUGGUGUACGAAUAUUCAGCCGAACCAAACAAUUAUGGUCUGGUUAUUAUUGAUGGAAAUGGUGACCGUAAGAUUUCUAAGAAUUGCGUAACUUUAAUGAAGCAAUUUCAAAAAGUACCCAAUCCAAAAGGAGAUGGAGGUUAUAGAAAAGAUGGCUUACCUAGCGAGUGUCCUAGAAACUCGACUUAUUUCCAAGCAUGGGAAACUUUGCCUCCUAUGCCUAAAGAAGCUAAAGUUUACAUGGAAGAGGGUGCUGGAGAGCCAUUAGGUAUUGAUGGUCCUACCAAUAUGUGGUCUCCUUAUCAUAGCGGUGACGAUGGACAGUAUACUGCCCCCAAGCAUCCUAAGACUAAGCCAUAUCCAAUUAACAGUACGAACAACUCUAAGGUUAACCAAGGAGACGAAGAAGAGGAAGAGGAGGAAAGUUCAUCCUCAAGAAUUGCCUUUACAGUCGUUCAUUUGGGUUUGGUGCUUGCAGCCUCUAUGCUUAUAAAAUUUUAGUUAUACCAAAUAUUCAAUUGUCGCCGGAGUUAGGCAUUGGUAUGAAAGUUCAAAAACUGAAAGGAAACCGGAAAGGUGUCGUGUGCUUGCAUACAAAGUUUAUUUUAGCAGAGAUAUACUUGCUGUUUUCCUAAUAAUGUAGUUGAACGUCUUUAAAUAAUUCUAAGUGGACUGUAGAAGAAAAUAAAUACAAACAUUAGGUCUUAUAUCUUGACUACAGAGGAGAG